AUGUGGUCGAUUGUUAUAUUUGUUGAAUCAAAUACUGUGGCUGCUGUACCAACUCAAUGGUAUUCUAAUGGCAUGUGCGCUUGGUCUAAAUCACAUGUUAGAAACAAAAAUAAAAUGGUCGAGUUGCGUACACCAUCAAAUUCUUUCGAUUUUGAUUUUUUUGAAGCUAGAAGAUUGGCAGCUGACAAAUCCAUUGAGUCCUUAACAGAAGCAAAACAAAAAGCAAAAUUGGGUCAAAUAACGUCAGAUUUCUCAUCUUCAGAAUCUCAUAAAAAAAAGAAAAAAGAACACACUUUGAAAAGAUCAAGGAACAAUUCAAAACAAACAAAAAAAUUGCCUAGGUCAAAUAAACCCCCUAUUUUCACAAAUAUUUCAGAUAGUGAUAAUGGGGAAGAUGCCUGCAAUGAUGACAGUGAUAUUGACAAAUCGUAUAAUCCAAAUGUUACUAAAGAGAGCAAUAAUGAAUCAUCAGAUGAUAAUGAAUCAAUUAUUUCUACCGUUUUAAACAAAAAAGACUCUGAAACACAGCUUUUAGGUUCAAUCAGACAAACAGAUGCAGAAACAGAAAUAAUCCAUGGUAUACCAGAUUUUAACAUCUUAAGUGACAUUAAUAAUGAGCAAAUAGGAUAUUGUACGCCAUCAACAAGUAAAUCAGCUACAAUGGAAUUCGUAACACAGAAGCCCUCAACAUCAAAAUCUGUUUCUACUCCUUCUGCAGCUGUAAUGACACCGUCAAAUACUGACUUUGAAAAUUUUGUUAAAACCACAUUAACAAAUUUAAAAUAUGAAAUAAAAAGUUUAUCUUACUCGGUUGAAACAAUUAAAAAUAUGACUGCUCAAGUUUUAGAUUCUUCUAUCCCCAAAGAAACUUUGGAAAAUGAUGUUUCUGAUGGAUGUGAAAUACUGUGGCCGGUAGAAAAUACUGAAGAUAUGGAGAAAAUCGAAAAAUUAUUAGUCGAUAUCAAAAUCAGGAAAUAUCAAGCAAUCAUUUUUUCAAGAUUAGCUGGCUCAAAAAUAAAUGAUUCUGUAAGAAGAAUUAUGCAACGUAUGUUUGUUGAUACUUUCAUUAAAGAUUAUUCCUAUGUUGGAUUUAAAGGAAAGAAUAAAUUCCAAGGAUUAAACUGUUGCCGUUUGUUGUUUGAUUCUAUAAGAAUAAAUAAAAAAUUUGAAAUGACUUCAGAUGAAGAAAUAUCUACAUCGGUGUCUAAAUGGAUGGCACAAGCUACCAACCGAUUGAAUCAAAAAAAUAAAACAAAAUUAUCUGCAGCUUAA